AUAUUUUUUCAGUCUCCUCAAAAAUACGAUUUACGUGAUGAAAGGGUUAAUGUGUCAUGCAAACUGUAAUGUGGUUUUAAAUGUCUUCAUUGUUACUGUUCUCAUAAUUUAUGUAACUGUAUAUGGUAUUCAGUGUGGGGACUAAACUAUUUUUGAAGGUUGCCAAUUUGAAUGGUUCAGAUUUUUUUUUUUUUUUAUGGCACCAGAAUUAUUUACACCAACAUGAGGGUACUGUCAGAAUCUCAAAAUGUUUUAAUGCAGAUUAGCUGAACAGUGUAAAACAAGUAUUUGAUAAGUAGUAGUAGUAGUAGUAGUAGUACUGAAAGGCGAGUAAUUUUGGGUGACCUUACUUUUUGUUAGAUGUGGAAGAACAAUGAAGAAAGAUGAAAGCAGUAAAAGAGCAUUGAAUACAUCUUCUAAAGUUGCCAGCGAGAAGUUCCUUGAUGGUGGCUUGGUGGGAAACAACCCAGUCUUGGACACACUCACCGAAAUUGAAGAAUGGAAUAUGGCAGUGUGUGCCAAGGGUCGUGAAUCAGAAGUUUUCACCCCUACAGUUGUGGUGUCUUUAGGUUGUGGCAAACCUCCAGUGAUGCUGGUUGACAAUGUUGACAUAACUAUGCCAAGUAUUCUUGAUGUACGUCGAGGUCUUCAAGCAAUGUAUAAUUUGUUCAAUGUGUUGGUGGAACAAGCCUGCAGUUCAGAAGGUCGAAUUGUGGAUAGAGCACGCACAUGGUGUUCAACUUUGCAUGUUCCUUUCUUUCGCUUUAAUCCACAACUGUCUCAAGAUAUUGCCUUGGAUGAACAUGAUGACGAGCGCUUAGUUCGAAUGAUGUGGGAAACAAGAGCAUAUAUGAAAUCUCAGGCCAAAAUUUUGGGACAGUUAAAGCCUCUUUUAAUAGAAGCUGACUUAGGGCCUGUACCUCCACCCAGGCAACUUACUCCAACCAAAUCUAAACUUGGCUCACGUGUUUCUAUAGCUGUUGGCUCUAGUCAGGAUAUUAUAGAUACAGUUCACCGACUUGUUUCAGGAGGCACGUCCCCUGAGGAAGAAGGCAGCUUUCACUCUAUUGUUCCAGAGUAUACCACCACUGGUACUGACGAAAUGUCUGAUGAGGUGAUGGUUGAGCAUCCCUCAACACUUGACUCUGUGUCAAGUAGUGAAGGAACUUCCCUGUCACCUGAAGUUAAUGAUGAUUUUAUGGAUAAAUGUCAGCUGUCUGAAAUUUUAACUGAUUCUCCUAUCAAUGCUGAAGACUAUUCUUGAUUCAUGAAUUAUUUCAAUUAUUUAGAAUUAUCAUGGCAUUGUAGCCAUAAUAGUUUAUCAUGCACAUUUAUCUUUAAAUGUUCAUAAAAUAAUUAUUAAGAUCUAAAUUUAUCAGGAUGCUUUGCAUAUUAUGUUUUAGUAAUCACACUGUAGAUUUGAAUUUUUCAUUGCACUACAUAAUUUCUUACAUGUAUUUGUACAUCCUAGGACAAUUUAAAAAGAUUUGGUUCAGGUUAACAGGUGUAUUGUAUAGGCAUACCUUGCUAUACACUCCAUGAUCUGUUGCACUCAAGGGGUGUAUUCUGGUACCACCACCCUAAACAGUUUAAUUCAUUAAAGUAAUUGGGAGAA